UGCGCUGCAAAAUAAAAUUUAAGCUUUUCUCAUUAAAGUAGUAGAAAUAGAGAGUAGUAACGCGCAUAAAUCGUAAAAAUUAUUUUCGUUUGUGUUGUUUAAAGAACGUUUCAAAAAUUGGUAAAUCAAACAAAAUGCCUGGUGGACGUAGAGGACUUGUUGCGCCGCAAAAUACCUUCUUGGAAAAUAUAAUCAGACGUUCCAAUUCACAACCGGAUAGCUCAUUUUUAUUGGCCAACGCACAGAUAGUUGACUUCCCGAUUGUGUAUUGCAAUGAAUCCUUCUGCAAAAUCAGCGGCUACAACCGCGCUGAGGUUAUGCAGAAGUCCUGCAGGUAUGUAUGCGGCUUUAUGUACGGUGAACUGACAGACAAAGAGACAGUGGCGCGCCUGGAAUACACACUGGAAAAUCAGCAACAAGAUCAAUUCGAAAUCUUACUCUACAAAAAGAACAAAACUCCACUAUGGCUAUUAUUACAAGUUGCUCCUAUACGGAACGAAAGAGAUUUGGUUGUGUUAUUUUUGUUAACAUUUCGAGAUAUCACCGCCUUAAAACAGCCAAUCGACAGCGAAGAUACAAAGGGUGUUUUAGGUUUAUCGAAAUUUGCCAAGUUGGCACGUUCGGUUACUCGAAGUCGUCAAUUCAGCGCACAUCUGCCCACGCUAAAGGAUCCAACGAAGCAAUCGAAUCUGGCGCAUAUGAUGUCACUAAGCGCCGAUAUUAUGCCACAAUAUAGACAGGAAGCGCCGAAAACGCCACCACAUAUUCUUUUGCAUUAUUGUGCAUUCAAAGCAAUUUGGGAUUGGGUGAUAUUGUGUUUAACAUUUUAUACCGCCAUUAUGGUACCUUAUAACGUAGCUUUUAAAAAUAAAACAUCAGAAGACGUUUCACUUCUGGUUGUCGAUUCCAUUGUAGAUGUUAUAUUCUUUAUCGAUAUUGUAUUAAAUUUUCACACAACAUUUGUGGGUCCAGGGGGAGAAGUAGUCAGUGAUCCAAAAGUAAUACGCAUGAAUUAUCUUAAGUCAUGGUUUAUUAUCGAUUUGCUCAGUUGCCUGCCAUAUGAUGUCUUCAAUGCCUUUGAUCGGGAUGAGGAUGGCAUUGGAUCAUUAUUUAGUGCCCUAAAAGUAGUGCGCCUCUUACGUUUGGGGCGAGUUGUACGAAAAUUAGAUCGCUAUUUAGAAUACGGCGCAGCAAUGCUAAUAUUGCUGUUAUGUUUCUAUAUGUUGGUAGCACAUUGGUUAGCUUGUAUAUGGUAUUCGAUAGGUCGAAGUGAUGCCGAUAAUGGGAUACAGUACAGUUGGCUGUGGAAGUUAGCAAAUGUCACGCAAUCGCCGUAUUCAUACAUCUGGAGUAAUGACACUGGACCGGAACUGAUAAAUGGUCCAUCACGGAAGAGUAUGUAUGUGACGGCGCUGUAUUUCACAAUGACAUGUAUGACUUCGGUGGGAUUUGGUAACGUCGCCGCCGAGACGGACAACGAGAAGGUGUUCACCAUCUGCAUGAUGAUAAUUGCAGCACUCCUGUACGCCACGAUAUUCGGUCACGUGACUACAAUCAUCCAGCAAAUGACCUCAGCGACGGCGAAAUAUCACGAUAUGCUGAAUAAUGUGCGUGAGUUCAUGAAAUUGCAUGAGGUGCCAAAGGCGUUAAGUGAACGAGUAAUGGAUUAUGUGGUCUCCACCUGGGCCAUGACCAAAGGCUUGGACACCGAAAAGGUACUAAACUAUUGUCCGAAAGAUAUGAAGGCUGAUAUAUGUGUUCAUCUAAAUCGCAAAGUAUUUAACGAGCAUCCAGCAUUUCGUCUUGCAUCGGAUGGUUGUCUCCGUGCACUGGCAAUGCAUUUCAUGAUGUCACAUUCGGCGCCUGGAGAUCUGCUCUAUCAUACCGGUGAGAGUAUAGAUAGUUUAUGUUUCAUUGUCACUGGCAGUUUGGAAGUAAUACAAGAUGAUGAAGUUGUGGCUAUAUUGGGCAAGGGUGACGUCUUCGGUGACCAAUUCUGGAAGGAUUCGGCGGUCGGCCAAAGUGCGGCCAAUGUUCGCGCCCUAACCUACUGUGAUUUGCAUGCCAUCAAACGUGAUAAAUUGCUCGAAGUCCUCGAUUUUUAUUCUGCAUUUGCGAAUAGUUUUGCACGCAAUCUGGUGCUUACAUAUAAUUUAAGACAUCGACUGAUUUUUCGCAAGGUGGCCGAUGUGAAGCGCGAAAAAGAAUUGGCCGAAAGGCGUAAGAAUGAGCCACAAUUGCCUCAGAACCAAGAUCAUUUAGUACGUAAAAUAUUUUCAAAAUUUCGUCGUACGCCUCAAGUGCAAACUGGUUCUAAAGAAAUUGUCUCCGGUCAGAGCGAUGUCGAAAAAGGUGACGGUGAUGUCGAUCGAACGAAGAAGUUACCUGCCAAAUUAACAUUAACCGAGGACUCACGCAUCCUUUCAACCGCUGCCGUACCUUCACCAACGCCAUCACCCUCGCCCUCAUCGGGUCCACCAUCUGCACGUAGUACCCGUGCUAGUAAAUGGGGACGACUUUUGGGUAGUUCAAGUGUCGAUUCAGCUAGCGAUACUAGCGCGAAGGUAGCAGUUUCGAGAAGUUUGAGCGCCCGCGAAAGUCUGCGGGAGAGCACUGCCCAAGCGAGGCAGAGCAGUACUUCGAGUAGUAAUGGUGGACAAGGCAAUAAAGUUUUUCCCAAAGCACCUAAGUUACAAGCAAGUCAAGCCACGCUUGCACGUCAAGAUACCAUCGAUGAAGGCGGUGAGGUUGAUUCUUCGCCACCUAGUCGGGAAAGUCGUCUAGUUAUCGAAGGCAGUAGCGGUGCAGUUGGUUCGGUUGCACAUUCAAUCAAGGAACGAAAUCUUGCAUUAGAGCGUGAACGUCAAAUCGAAAUGGCUUCAUCACGUGCCACUACCUCCGAUACCUACGACACUGGACUGCGUGAACAACCUCCCACACUGGCUCAACGUGACCUUAUAGCGACAGUGCUCGAUUUAAAAGUUGAUGUACGACUCGAAAUGCAACGUAUGCAACAACGUAUCGGUCGUAUAGAAGACCUAUUAAAUGAACUGAUUAAACGUUUGCAACAGGAUUCAUCAGGUCAAACAACACCUGGUGAUGAAAUGGGUGGCGAUACUGGACAAGGAGGACCAGGUGGACAAGGCGGUGGAGGUGGUCACGGUGGACAGCAUGGUGGUAGUGCGAGUACAACUACAGAUACUGUGAUAACAAUUGCAACGGUACCGCCCACACCAACCAUGUCUAGCGGUGGAAUUAAUACAGCUUCGACGUCCACAACUUCAGCAAACACUGGCAAUAAUAAUAGCAGUGCCACGCCCACACAAUCGCUGAAUUUGCUAAAUCCCGCACAGAUGGUGUCCGGUUCGGGAGGCAACGGCCUGGGGCCACUGAUGCUCAAGAAACGACGUUCGAAGAGCAGGAAAGCACCGGCGCCUCCCAAACAGACACAUGCACAGCAAAGUUCCGCAACCGCUGGUAUUGCUGCAACAACUUCGCAUAUUGCACAAAGUGUUGAACAACAAAGAUUGCUCGAUCCAGAAACAACAACAACAGCAGCAACAAUUAGCAGUGCAUCACCAGUAGCCACAACAACUGCAACAAGUGGUUGCAGCAGUAUUAGCGGUGCAGGCGGUGGUGCUGGUAGUACUUCAAGUGGGAGUGGCAGUGGCGGCGGUGGUGGGCGCUCUAAGCGAGAGUUUCUAUAGCCCAAGAUUCUGGUACGCCAUCAGUCGGACAAUAGCAGUUUCGAGCAAUAACUUGAUUGAAAAUAAACAAGGCGUGGCUUCUGCAAAUUAUGCUGCAUUUACAGGGUGCUCUUGCUGUUGCUGAUGGCGUGCUGCUGCUAUUAUAAUUAAUUUAUUUAUUAUUCUC